AGAAGAUGAACAGAAACAAGCCGCCGGUCAAGGGGAAGAGACGAGACAUUAUGAUCCGUUGCUCGCUACUACUGCGUGUACGUCAUCAACAUCCUGCAUUGCGCCCCGGGUUGGGGCGGCAGGAGAAAAAAGUGCCACGACCAGAUUACAUAAUGGACCCGGAACAACCCCCUCCACCAAUCAGGGAAAAAAUACGAUUCCGGUGGGCAGAUCAUCGAGCAACUUUUACCGUGCC